AUGCAUACAUUUACCCGUAUCGGUGUGAUUUUUUCUUUCUUCAUACUUUUAGUCAAAACAAACGAAAUAGUUGAUAAUGUUUUAUAUGCACAUUCGGGAUUAAAGUCGAAUAUUGUUCUUCGAGAAUUGCACGACGGUAUUGACCCAUACCAGAUGAAACUUAAUGAGCUUGAGCACCCGGAAAAUAUCAACCUUGUGGUUAAUCUUGAUGCGAUUGAUUACCUUCUGAAUGAUGGGGCCAAAAAACAGAGUGAAAAUGAAAGUGGCAAUAACAAACCCGAUGACAAGGACUUGAUACAAUUGGCUCAAAACUACAUUCCAGCACAUAAGCUAAACGCUGUAACUACAUCAUUUGUUAAGAACAAAGUUUCAGAACUAACAAAUUGGGCCUCAAAGUACUUUGCAAAGACUUUUAAAUAUAUCUACCAAAACUUUAUAUUCAAGAUCAUCAAGUAUUCGUACUUUUGGGCUUACCAAUUAACUAAAUAUACAGUCAAACUAACCGGAUGGUAUUAUGGAACGUCAAACUUGCCCAUAAAAUGCUUUAUUGGAUUAGAUUGGAUCGACGUUGAUACUCAGGGCCGAUACCUAGUUGGAUGGGAAACAUUUACCUUGAAUGACAACUGUGCAGAAACCGUUGACCAAAGGGCAUUAGAGAUUAUAUUGGCUCAGGCAAAAAUCAAAGCUGCCGAGAAUGAUGAAGUUAACCUUUGCCACUUUUACAAGAACGAAGCUGGCAUUGACUCAGGUGCAUGGUUUGCAAACAUCAGAGUUUUGUCGGUUAAAGAACACUUGGAACUAGGCGAAAACAUUUGGGACAUUUCUUGCGAAGAAGGAAAACAAAGCAAGAGAGAAACGUUGUGGGAGGUGCUCCAAAAGGGUGUAGCAGUAUUAUUGUAA